AUGGCCAACAACCUCCUCGAGAACUUAUUGGCCCAACUGUCCCAGGUUAGCCUUCAGUCCUCGCGUUUGACGCUAUCAUGUGAUUAUCCGCGAUGGGAAGCCCGCAUGCGUGAUUACCUCGAAGGAGUGGAUGAGGCGUCCCAGACCCGAACGAUUCUGGCCCAACUAGAGGACGAUGUCUACGACCUUGCCCGUGCCGCUGGUGCCUCGUCGACUCAAUCUGUGGAGGACCUCUUCAAAACCUUAAGCGGUGUUCUGCGCCAGGCCAACCCUUCGUGGAUCCUCAUCUCUGAGUUCCGCCAGCAACUUCAAGGACCCCUGGAGAGCGUCCUUCAAUACCAAGAGGCUCUCCGUCUUCUGGGCAAACAGGCCUAUCCACAGUUGGACCUGAACUCCUUGAACUAUAUGGUCAUGGAGCAGUUUGUCAACGGCCUAUCAGACCCUGAGGUCCGGAAAGCAUAUCCGCGACUGGCCCACCCCGGGAAAUGUGACGGAACUUCGUAG